AUGGAAGUCGAAGUCAAGCUCCGUCUCCUCACCGCCGCUGCUCAUCUCCGUCUCACCACUCUCCUCACUCCGUUUCACCUCAAAACCCUCCACCAACGCAACCUCUUCUUCGACACACCCAAAAACGACCUCUCCCUCCGCCGCGCCGUCCUCCGUCUCCGUUUCCUCCAAAACGCUGCGGAUUCGGCGGCGGUGACUGCUCCGUCGCGCUGUAUCCUCUCUCUCAAGGCGAAACCAACGCUGGCUAACGGGAUCAGCCGAGUGGAGGAAGACGAAGAGGAGAUCGAUCUGGGAUUAGCCAAGGAAUGUGUGGAUUCACCGUCUAAGCUAUCGUCCCUCGGAUCUAGGGUUCUGAAAAGGGUUAAGGAGGAGUAUGGGUUUACAGAUUUUCUAGGGUUUGUUUGCUUAGGUGGAUUCGAGAACGUAAGGAAUGUGUAUGAGUGGAGAGGUGUGAAGCUUGAGGUUGAUGAGACCAAGUAUGCGUUUGGGAAUUGCUAUGAGAUCGAAUGCGAGACAGAGGAACCAGAACGUGUCAAGACAAUGAUUGAGGAGCUUCUUACAGAGAACAAGAUUGAGUUUAAGGAUUCCGACAUGACAAAGUUUGCUGUUUUCCGAUCAGGAAAGCUUCCAUGA